AUGUUGCUUUCUAAUGAAAGGGAUGAGGAGAUUUUGAAGGAUGUAUGGGCUAGUUUGGAACCCCCUAAGGUGGAAGUUUUUGCAUGGGUUGCCUCUUCGUUCUUUGAGGUGUGUAAUUCUUGUUCUAUUGAAGUGGCAAAAAAGAAAGUGUGGAAGGUAAAGAGAGGAAUCUACUUUAAUGGCGACUUUACCUCAAUCUUAAUAUCUCUCAUAAGAGGGUUUUACCUUAGUGAAGAGUUGGUUGUUUUGAAAGAAGAAAAUAUGGAUUUUAAUGGAAACAAUUCAUCCACUGAGAAGAAGACCUUGACAAAACAACAAGCAUAUUCACUUCUCUCAUCCCUUUCGUUAUGUGCUGAAAAAAGUCAAGAAUUAUUGUCAAAGGUGCAAUCUUCUCAUGCAUCACUGUUGGCAUUGGCUUUGGGUACUACUAUAUGUCCUUCUAAGGUUGUUCCUUUGUCGAAUCAGAGCUGUGAGAUUCAAUCGGUUGUUUUAGAAGUGUUGGAUUCUCUAAGGAAAGCCAAGGGUGUGGUCAAUGAUAUUAUGGGGUCUAAUGCUAUAUUAGGAUCAAACCAAUCUGCUUUGCUUUCACUUAUCAAUCGACCAAGCCAAGUUCCACCCCCUUUAGGUAUUAAUCAAGGUGCACUUCCUUACCCCAAUAUUAUUCCUCAGCAAAAUCAAGCUAGGCUUCCUUCUUUUAGCUUAAAUAGUUCUCCAAUGACUAAUGCACCUGGAGUUCCUUCUCUCAAUUAUCUUCAUCGACCAUACCAAGCUGCUUUUCCUCCUCCAAGUGUUCAUCCGCAGAAAAAGGCUGCAAUCACCCAUCCUUUUAGUAUUCCUCAACAAAACCAAGCUACACCUCUUCCUUCUUGUAGUAAGAUUGAACCAUAUCAUAUAGAUUUUCCUUCUAGCGCACAAACUAUGGAAUAUAUACUGAAUCUCACCAAGCCAGGAACAAAUGUUGCUAGCACAUCAUCAGCAAUGCCAACAAAAAAGAGAGCCUUGGAAACGUUAUAUGGUUCCAACAAUAAGCUUCCAGAAAGACUUGACCAUUUGGAACCUAAGCUAAUCCAGCAAAUUGUGUCUGAGAUUAUAGAUCAAGACACCAUUGUCAAGUGGGAUGAUAUUGCAGGGCUUGAGCAUGCUAAAAAUUGUGUGCAUGAAACUGUUUUGUGGCCUAUACUAAAUCCGAAAAUAUUUCAAGGUGUCUGUUCAGUAAGAAAAGGAGUUCUCCUUUUUGGUCCACCAGGAACAGGUAAAACAAUGAUUGGAAAAGCCUUAGCGGGAGAAAUGAAAGCAACAUUUUUCAACAUAUCUACUGUUUCAUUGGUAAGCAAGUGGCUUGGUGAUGGUGAAAAGCUUGUUAGAACACUCUUUGGGCGGUCAUCAAUCACUGAGCAUGAAUCCAUCAGGCGACUUAAAACACAAUUUUUGGUCGAAAUGGAAGGCAUUGAUUCUGGAAGUGAGCAAAUCAUAGUCAUUGGAGCAACAAAUAGGCCUCAAGAUCUUGAUGAAGCAGCGCGUAGGCGACUUAACAAGAGACUUUACAUUCCCUUGCCUACUUCUGAAGCCAGAUCACACAUUGUUCUUAACACAAUGGGCAAAAAUGGUGGAAACAUACUUGAAAAACAAGACCUUGAUCUCAUAUGCAACUUAACUGAUGGAUAUUCAGGAUCAGACAUGAAAAACUUAGUCCAGGAAGCUAUGAUGGGUCCAAUAAGGGAAGCAAUUAAGGAAGCUAACAAUGGAAAAGGUAUUUGCGAAUUGAAGCCUGAGGAUUUGAGGCCGGUUUCUUUCAAGGAUUUCAAAAAUGCUUUGAAAGAAGUGAGGCCUUCUGUUUCCAAGCAAGAACUUGUUGCAUAUGUUGAAUGGAAUGCAAAAUUUGGGAGCAUGUUGGUUUAG